GUCCUCCUGCCAUAGCGACGGCAAAGAUCAACUUUCGAGGAGCCGGGAUUUACUAUUGCGAACUUUUUGCUUUUGGACGAGGUGUUAAAAAAUGGCAGAUCAAGCCGAAAGAGAUGAAGGUAAUGAAGAAAGACCUGGUACUAGUGGUUCUGCUCUGAGCGUUAGGACAGCUGGAGGGACUGAGAUUUCCAUCAAUGAUCCUUGGACAGCUAGAAUAACGAUGAUUGCUGCAAUUUACACGGUGAAGAGCUUGGCAUCAUUUUUUAAGGAAAACCCAGAAAUUGUUAAAAGUGCACUACAACUGGUUUUUAAACCUUGGGGUGCAGUAAUCGGUCAAGUCAGCCCUGGGUCACUUAAUGUUGAUUUGAAUUUUGGAUCAAAGGAGCAAUUUUUAAAGUUUGAGAAAGACUUUGAGGAUGGGAAAGUUAAAGAUGCCACGGAGAAAGAGUUCAGAAAUAUUGGAUAUGAUGCCAAACUGAAUUUAACCCUCACAAAAGAAACUUCCAAUGUGGCUUCAAUUGAAGUGAGGAAAGAAAGUACUAUGGUAGAGACAAAGAAAAUUACAUUUGUAAAUCCUAAUCCUGAAGUUGAAUCCCAUGGAGAAAGGAAAGCAGAAAAAGAGGGCACUGAGAAACCUGAAGUCAGAGAGGGUCUACAAGGGAAGGACAACCCAAAUAAAGAGGAUUUCCAAUCACCUUCUCAAAAGCAUAAAGUUAAGCAAGUAGAGGAAAAUGGCUCAGCUGCCAAAAAACCUAAACUUGAGCCUGCUGUAGAACCUGAAACUUCUGGGGUAUCCAGCACCAGUAACAAAAAGAAGAUUAUGAAAGAGGAGCCAGUAAGUGAUGAUGACCUACAAACACUUGGCAAAGCUAUUGGUAGUAAGUGGGAUCGACUGGCUCGUCGACUGAAAAUUAAGGAAGAUGAAAUUGAAGAAAUUGACGAACGAUAUAGAACUUUGUCUCAAAGAGGACAUCAAAUGCUGAGAUUGUGGAAAACAAACAAUGGGGAAGCUGCAGACUAUAAGACUUUGCAUGAUGCAUUAGUCCAUGAUAUGGUACAGCGAAAAGACCUAGCAGAAAAGUAUUGCUUUAAAUAAUAUAUUGUAGAUACUCAAACCAUAAUCUGGCAGUUAGUUUUUAAAUAGAUGGCUACUAGGAAAGCAGAGAUAACUUUGCCUAUUAUCAAUAAAUUCCCUAUGGUUAUCAUUUGUAAGAAUCUAGUGACUUUAACUUGAUUUAAAUCUAUUUAUCAAUAGCCUUUUUUACACCAUUGUACAACAUUUGACUUUAAAGGCAUCUCGUUUCAAAUUUUUGUUCCAAUUCUAGAAAACGAGUUCAAUUGAAUAGAGAGCCUAGAGCUUUUUGUGUAGUUGUGCGAAGCAGAGGAUCGGGUAUUAUAGGGGUGAAUAUUAGAAAUGUCUUGAAACAGGUCUCGAAUACUUCUAGGCACGUUUUUGUGUCUAGUAUCAAAUAUCAGGUUAGCUGUAAGCUCGUAAUAAGAAAAUUGUAGCGGUAAAAUAACAGCAUCGGAAAAUAGAGGAAUUGCAUGCUGAUUGCGGUCAGAAAAAUGGAUAAAACGUAGAGCUCAUUUUUGCAGCUUUAGAAGCUUAUCAAGUCAUAAUUUACAUGCCUGGCCCUAAACUAUUAGCCCAUAGCUCAGAUAAGGUGCAACAAGAGAUCUAUAGAUAUUUAUAAGAGUGUGUUUUGGAACAAAAUGCCGUAGUUUAGAUAUUAGACCAAUGGUUCGACUUAUUUUAAUUGUUAUAUGAUCAAUAUGAUGUUUCCAAGUUAGAUGAUUAUCAAUAAGUAUCCCUAUGUAUUUUAUAAAUUCCUUACAUUCUAAAGCUACAUUUUUAUUCUGCUCGUUAUCAAACAUCAUAAUUUUAGGUUGAUAAGUAAAUUUUCUUCGAGCAGGUGAAAAUAUGACGAAAUUAGAUUUUCUUAAAUUCAGGGUCAAUUUAUUUAGCAGAUACAUGAUAAAAUAUUUUGGUAUUGUUCUGGAACGAUUUUUUGUGAUAACAAAGUAGCAAUUAUGCAGUCUGGUUUUUUGGUGGGCCAAAUUGGCAAAUAAACAAACAAACAAA